UCCGAUUGGAUCGAAGAAGAUGACUUCCCGAUAGUUUCUUCGUAUGAGCAAAUGUUCAGUUGCUUGUUGCUAUUCUUCGCACUCUGCUCAACUCUUGGAGCUUGAUUUAAUUUCGGGAGAUACGGGCUUGGGGAUUGGAUUCGAGUACCGGAGUUCGAUGGAGCCGCGCGUGGCGAACAAGUUUCGAUUGGGUAGGAAAAUUGGGAGCGGCUCGUUUGGAGAAAUUUAUUUAGGCACGGAUAUACAGACGGGUGAGGAGGUUGCAAUCAAGCUUGAGAAUGGGAAGACGAAGCAUCCCCAAUUGUUUUACGAGUCUAAGCUGUACAAAUUACUUCACGGAGGAAAUGGAAUUCCAAACGUUAGGUGGUUUGGGGCUGAAGGAGACUAUAAUGUUCUUGUAAUGGAUUUAUUGGGGCCUAGUCUUGAAGAUUUGUUCAAUGUCUGCGGCCGGAAGUUGUCUCUGAAGACUGUUCUCAUGCUUGCAGAUCAGAUGAUUAGUCGGAUUGAGUUUAUUCACUCUCGAUCUUUUCUGCAUCGAGAUAUUAAGCCUGACAACUUUCUCAUGGGAUUGGAGCGGCGCACGAAUCAGGUUUAUGCCAUUGAUUUUGGACUUGCCAAGAAAUAUAGGGACUCGAGAACUCAUCAACAUAUAAGAUAUAGAGAAAAUAAGAAUCUUACCGGAACAGCCAGAUAUGCAAGCAUGAACACUCAUCUUGGCAUUGAACAAAGUCGCAGGGAUGAUCUAGAGUCACUUGGAUUUGUUCUGAUGUACUUCUUAAGAGGAAGUCUUCCAUGGCAGGGACUCAAAGCUGGAAACAAAAAACAGAAGUACGAGAAAAUCAGUGAGAAAAAAGUUUCGACCUCUAUAGAAGCUUUAUGUCGUGGCUAUCCAACUGAGUUUGCUUCUUAUUUCCACUAUUGUCGUUCCCUUAGAUUCGAGGACAAGCCAGAUUAUGCUUAUUUGAAGAGACUUUUUCGCGAUCUUUUUAUUCAUGAAGGUUUCCAAUUCGACUACGUAUUUGACUGGACACUUUUGAAACAGCAGCAACAGCAGCUCGCGAAUCCUCCAUCCCAAGCUUUGGACACUGCUGGUUCGAGCGGCGCUGAUGCUGGAAAUGUAUUGAAUUCUGAAAAUUUGUCCAGACAGAAGGGUCCAACAGCAAACGAUACUGCCAUAUCCAAAGAACUACCAACAUCUCAUGUUUUCGAGCAAAUGGAAUCACUAAGGGAUCUAGAAUACGAUAAUGAGCCUUCUACACACACAGAAGAUGUUCUCCCCAAAUAUUCCAUUGUUGCACGAAGAAGUUCACCAGCACGCCCUGCACCCACACCAUUGAACAACCAAUCAUCUAAACCCUCCAACGGAAAUAAUCUUGAGAUUCCAAUCAAGGGUGUUGAGCGUCGGAACUUUCGAAAGGAUGAGAAGCAAAUACAUCAUCCACGGCCGCAGUUUGGCGUUGGUACGUUGAUCAGAUUGUUUAAGAAGUGCAUAGUAUUCAAGAUUCCAUCAAUCCAUUCAAGACAGCACAAGUGAGGUUCACUCUGCUCCACCCCCUUGGUAAAUCUCGACUUAAGUUGACAUCCCGCAUACUUUUCUUUUGCGCAGUACAUACUCGAUUCUUUUGCUAUGCCAAUAUAAUGCUCGAAAAUUGCAUAAAGAUAAAUGGUUAUUUGAAGUACAUAAGCAUAGGUUGCCCUCAUCGCGCCUUUUAAAUACAGAUGUACAUAAUAGAGUAUUCCCAAAUUCUUCUUGCUGCCUGAUUUAAUUUCGAACGCUUCU